AGCCAAUAAGAGAGAUGACGUGAUGGUUAUAUCACAGAGUGCUAGAAGAACAGCGCUGUUAUUUCAGUGUUGUCUUUACAACGUAUCUGAGCUACAAGAUGAGCGGAAGAGGCAAAACCGGCGGUAAAACUAGGGCUAAGGCCAAGACUCGUUCAUCCAGGGCCGGACUGCAGUUCCCCGUGGGUCGUGUGCACAGGCUUCUGCGUAAAGGUAAUUACGCCCAGCGCGUCGGUGCCGGCGCUCCGGUUUACUUGGCCGCCGUGCUCGAGUAUCUGACCGCUGAGAUCCUCGAGUUGGCUGGCAACGCCGCCCGUGACAACAAGAAGACCCGUAUCAUUCCCCGCCACCUGCAGCUCGCUGUGCGUAACGACGAGGAGCUGAACAAACUGCUCGGAGGAGUGACCAUCGCUCAGGGAGGUGUACUGCCCAACAUUCAGGCCGUGCUGCUGCCCAAGAAGACCGAGAAGGCCGUCAAGACCAAGUAAACUCGCUCAGCGCUGCGUUUCUCACCACCCAAAAAGGCUCUUUUAAGAGCCACCCACUUUUACUGAAAAAGUGCAAUUUCAUCCUAGUUUUUAUUAAUGUUG